AUGGAUGAUGUGGUACAAGAUCAAAAUGGUGAGCAUACGAACAUGGAUGAUGUGGUACAAGAUCAAGGUGGUGACCAUGCUAACUUUGAUUAUGAUGACUUUCAUUAUGAAAACUUUUCUCAUGAUCACUUUGAUCCUUUUGAUGGAGAACAUUAUCAACCACCAGAAGAUGAGAAUGUUGAAGACCAUCAGUCUGAACAUGAAAAGUCUGCUAACAGUGAUGAUCUUGGGAAACAAUCAGAAGACCAGUACGAUGAACUUGUUGAUGAUGAAAACAAUGUAUCAGAAGUGGAGGUGGAUAUGAUUGACUUUAACCUCAAUCUUGAUAGGGAUAAUGGUUGUGUUCAAAUGGAUGGGUUUUAUAAUGGGAAAAAUGAUGAACAUGAGGACAUAGAAGUCAUUGAAAAUGAUAGAUGGGAUUCUUUAGAUGAAGGGUCAGAUGAUGUUAUGAAGGUGGAAUGGAGGUGA